AUGUUCGUCGACGAAACGGACGACAAUUACUACAUCCUCGAGUUUUUUGAUGUUCGGGAUGCUGCCGAGCAUCGUCAGCUAAUUGCUCCGGAGACGGAGGAGAAGUUGCGGAAUGAAAGGCAUCCGCACCGACAGGCUGAGGCGCUUCAUGCGCCGCAAAUGCCGCCGCAAAGGCGUUGCAUGCAGAUGCCGGAAAUGCCCAAUGCUGCUGCAAACUGGUGGCAGCAGUGGCCAGAAGAUCGUGCCAUCAUGAGCAUCGCCGAAGAAGGCGUAGCUCAGAUGGGGAUGAUCAUGCCAGGGACCUUCCUCAUUCUGUUGCAAGGGGUUCCGCGCGAACUGCUCAACGACAGCUGUGUGGAGGCCAUCCUCGAGCAGGCCGGCCUCUCCGAGGAUGUCGCGAAGUUCACAGUUCACGAUGAGAAGGUUAGCCUGCGUGGCCACUGCAUGCUGAACGUGCUCUCCGAAUCUGGAGUUUACCGGUGCCUAAACCACUUCGCAGGCUGUUGUUGGGGUUGUCGCGCGACGCUGGCCUCAGAUGAGUAUAACUUCGAUCAAGCAGAGGUUGACUGGCGAAAGGAGUUCGAUUUCCGUAACAGCACGCUGCGCCACCGCUAUGACUCGGUGAAAUACGUGGUGAAGAGGCUGGAAACCAUCGCCUACGAGGUCGACUUGGCGCAGCAGAGACAAAGUGCCUCCUUGGCAUCGGGCACGGCUCGCACCGCAUCAGAGGAUCCGCCGAGUGAAGUCAAGGCCCAGGAGCCGGCAGAAACCGGCACGGCAGUCGAUCUGGCUCUGCUUGGUGAGAUGAAGGAGCGGUAUGACAAAUUCACGGACACCAGAGAUCAGGUCAUCAAGCGUUCACGGGAUGUGGGCAAAGCCGCCAAGAACGCCGUGUAUGCGCUGCAAAGAGCAGACUUCAAGAAGGCAGAUGGCAACUUGGCCCUCUGCGCAAAGGAGGCGAACAACAUCUGGCAGGAGCAUGUCUCCACUGCACUUACAUUGCGUUCUGGAGGAUUCACUGGCGCUUUGGAGGAGGUAGCGGAGGCGGUAGCCUACCGUGCCUUCCUGAAGGAGCAGAAGCUCUUAACUCGAGCUGAGCUGCAGCAAGCCACCGGCUUGAGCUUUGAGCUGACGAUCCCGGAAUAUCUAGGAGGUCUCAUGGACUUGACUGGAGAGGUCGGGCGCCUGGCAAUUCGGAAGGCAAGCGCCGGACGGGAGGCGGUUGGAGACGUUGAGAAGUGCCUGGCUUGUGUCGAGGGCGUCUUCCAAGGUGUGCAGGACCUCGUCUAUCUUCCCGGCGGCGUGGGGAAGAAGAUGGGAGCAUUGCGGUCCACGCUGCUGAAGAUCGAGGGCGUCCUGUACGAGCUGGCGCUGUUAUCCCAUGCCGGGAUUCGUGCUGCCAAGGCACCCGAGCAAGCACAACAGCGGGACGAUGCAGCCGAGGCAGAUGACUCGGCAGGCCUCUAG